AUGAAGCUUCAAUGUUGUACAGGGACUUCACAGAGCACCACCGAUGUCGUCUCCUUCACAGGCCACCGUCGCACGUUGUAUCUCCUUCACAUCCCACCGGUCACUGCCACACCCAACACCUCUGCAUCCGCCUUUUUUUCUGCCUGCGCCACCCUCCAACCCCGUCAAACUUGUCGACAACAACAUCAGAAAUUCACAGGAGUUGAAAUCUUAGCUUUCACUGAAAGUCUAGUUGAAAGAUUUGGAUUCAAGAUCAUCAUCAAUUCCAAUGAACAAAUACGGAUUCGAGGGUAUAAGUACAACCCGUCCAACUCGCCCAAUUCCCACCUCCUCAAAAUCCUUCAAAAACGGAAUCAGAAAAGGAUCAGAAAGCCUGAAAUCCAUAGGGUUUUUGGACGCGGUGAACUUGUGAUAGAUCCUGGCCAGAUUGCUAAGAGAUAUAUGAGGUGGUAUUUUAUAAUCGAUUUCCUUGCGGUUGUUCCCUUGCCUCAGAUAGUUGUGUGGAGAUAUCUACAUACGUCUAGAGGUUCAGACGUAUUAGCUACAAAACAAGCUUUGCUUAUUAUCAUACUCCUUCAAUACAUUCCAAGAUUUGCAAGAAUCGUCCCUUUAACAUCCGAACUCAAAAGAACCGCGGGUGUGGUUGCGGAAACCGCAUGGGCCGGUGCUGCUUACUACCUAUUGCUCUACAUGCUCGCCAGUCAUAUAGUUGGGGCGUUUUGGUAUUUAUUGUCUGUUGAACGAAACGAUACAUGUUGGCAAAGAGCUUGUGAAAAGAAGCAUUUUAAUAAGAAUUUUUUGUACUGUGGGAAUGAACGCAUGGCGGGUUAUGACAGGUGGCGCGAUGCUUUGUCGUCAGGGAUUGUUUCUUCCAAAAAGUUUGUUUCAAAGUACUGUUAUUGCCUCUGGUGGGGCCUACAGAAUUUGAGCACACUUGGUCAGGGGCUUGAAACCAGCACUUAUCCUGGAGAGAGUAUAUUUUCCAUUGCAUUAGCCAUAUUUGGGCUCAUUCUCUUUGCUCUGUUGAUUGGCAAUAUGCAGACGUAUCUUCAAUCUCUUACAAUCCGACUUGAAGAAAUGAGAGUGAAGAGACGUGACUCAGAACAAUGGAUGCAUCAUCGAUUACUUCCACAAGAUCUCAGAGAACGUGUGAGACGCUAUGAUCAAUACAAAUGGUUAGAAACUCGAGGAGUUGAUGAAGAAAAUUUGGUUCAGAAUCUACCCAAGGAUCUCAGAAGAGACAUAAAACGUCAUCUUUGUCUAGGUUUAGUCAAGCGGGUUCCGUUGUUUGAGAACAUGGAUGAGACAUUACUCGAUGCAAUUUGUGAACGAUUGAAACCGUGUUUAUACACAAACAAUACUUACAUAGUUCGAGAAGGAGAUCCGGUGGAUGAAAUGCUCUUCAUAAUACGCGGUCGUCUCGAGAGCGCCACCACAGACGGCGGAAGAAGCGGUUUCUUCAAUAGCGGGUUUCUAAAAGAAGGAGAUUUCUGCGGGGAGGAGCUUCUAACAUGGGCGUUGGACCCUAAAUCCGGAGCUAACCUUCCGUCUUCCACUAGAACAGUCAAAGCGUUGAGAGAAGUCGAAGCGUUUGCCCUACCGGCCGACGAAUUGAAAUUCGUCGCCGGUCAGUUCCGGCGGCUUCACAGUCGACAGGUACAACACACUUUCCGAUUUUACUCACAGCAGUGGCGGACUUGGGCGGCGUGUUUCAUUCAGGCGGCCUGGCGGAGAUAUUCUAAACGGAAGAUUUUGGAGCAGCGGCGGAAGGAGGAAGAGGAAGCGGAAUUGGCAGCGCAUAAAAAUGGAGGUGGUGGUGGUGGUGGUGGUGGCGGUGGAAGCUCUUAUAGCCUUGGAGCUACUUUUUUGGCGUCGAGAUUUGCCGCUAAUGCUCUUCGUGGAGUUCACCGGAAUCGGAACCUGAAGAGUGCUCGGGAAUUGAUGAAGUUGCAGAAGCCUCCAGAACCGGAUUUCACUGCAGACGCUGAUUAGUUUGUUGCAUCAUGUGCUUGUACAUUAACAAACUUAUACGUAUGCUUUUAUGAGUUGUAAGGUACAACUUGUUAAUGCAUGUAGGAUGUUAUCUUACAUAAGGUCGAGGACAUAUUCAGUUAACUAAC